AUGGAGGUGGAGGGUGGCCCUCUGGGCCCGGGGGAGCGCUGGGCGCCGGUGGGCGCCGUGUCGGCGGCGGCGGUGGUGGAGGAGGAGACCGAGGAGGAGGCGGCGGUGGGCGGGUCGCUUCAGUCGGUGCCGCGGCUGCGGGCAGAGCGGUGCCGCCUGCAGGGGGCGCUGCUGGCCCUGGCCUCGCACUUCGCGCAGGUUCAGUUCCGGCUGCGGCAGGUGGCGCGCGCUGGGCCCGGCGAACAGCAGCGGCUGCUGAGGGAGCUGGAGGAGUUCGCCUUCCGCGGCUGUCCCGGGCCCGCCCCGGGUGAGCAAGAGAAGCAGGACCAAAGUGAGGUCCAGAAGGAGAAGCAGAGGGAGCUGAUCCUGCAGCUCAAAACACAGCUGGAUGACCUGGAGACGUUUGCUUACCAAGAGGGCAGCUAUGAUUCUCUACCACAGUCUGUGGUUAUGGAAAGACAACGGAUGAUUAUAAAUGAGUUGAUAAAGAAGCUGGACAUGGACUUGAGCGAAGAUAUUGCAACACUGUCUCCAGAGGAACUGCGACAGCGUGUGGAUGCUGCCAUAGCACAGAUUGUUAACCCAGCCAGGGUAAAGGAGCAGCUGGUGGAACAGCUGAAGACACAGAUAAGGGACCUUGAAAUGUUCAUCAGCUUCAUUCAGGAUGAAGUUGGAAGCUCUGGGAGGGCAGAAGAUGGACACUGUGAAUGUGCAGGCAGAAAAGAUGGUGGUGGCUCCUCUAAACCAAGCACUCAGCCUUCUGGAAACAGAGUGAACCCAGAAGAUGCCAGAAAGAUGCGAGAAGCAGGCCUGCACCUCAUGCAUCGCAUGUUGGCUGUGCUGCAGAUAUUUGCUGUCAGUCAGUUUGGUUGUGCUGCUGGUCAGAUUCCUCGCACCCUCUGGCAGAAGGACCAAGCCAGCAAGGACUACUCCCCCCUAAUUAAGAAACUGGAGUUGUCAGUAGAGAGGGUGAGGCAGCUAGCUACAGAACACCAGCAGGAAGACCACAUUAUCAGUCCCACUGAUCUGCAGGAUGUUCCCUUAGGAGGCAGAGAUGAGCUGACCCUAGCUGUGCGGAAGGAGUUAGCCAUAGCUUUGCGAGACCUAAUGGCUCACGGGCUGUAUGCCCCUUCCCAAGGAAUGAGCCUGGUACUGGCACCCAUUGCCUGCUUGAUUCCUGCAUUCACCUCGGCGCCACAGGCCAUGCACCCCUGGGAGCUCUUUGUGAAGUACUACAAUGCCAAGAACGGCCAAGCCUUCGUGGAGUCCCCGGCCCGCAAGCUCUCCCAGGCCUUCGCCCUGCCUGUGACGGGAGGAGCAGCCACCACCCCCAAGCAGAGCCUGCUGACAGCCAUCCACACGGUGCUGACAGAGCAUGACCCCUUCAAGCGCAGCGCAGACUCCGAGCUGAAGGCUCUGGUGUGCAUGGCACUGAACGAGCAGCGCCUGGUCUCCUGGGUCAACCUGAUCUGCAAAUCUGGAGCUUUGGUGCAGUCCCACUACCAGCCCUGGAGCUACAUGGCAAACACAGGCUUUGAGAGUGCCCUCAAUGUUCUCAGCCGCCUGAGCAACUUGAAAUUCAACCUCCCGGUUGACCUGGCUGUCCGGCAGCUGAAAAACAUCAAAGAUGCUUUUUGAUGUAUUUGUAUUGUAGAUCACCCAUUUUCCACAAGUAGGCAGCUGCUAGGCUCCAGUAGCCUGGCUUUUUUAAGACCAAAUUUGGCUCUUUGAAGUUGGUAAUUGCAAUUAGGGAAAUCCAGUGGUGUCUUGAUGAUGGAAAGACACCACUGUCUUGAUGUCUGUUUUACAGGACUGCCACUGCAAAGCUGCUGGAGGUUGGGUGCUGUGCAGCACCUCACCCUGCCCCUGUUGUGCAGUUCUGCUCCUCAGAACUGCAUGGUUGGCAAGCAACCAGCAAAUGCUCAGCGCAUGGGGCUGGCAGUCCUGAGUGCAGCAGGGGCGUGGCCGCGAAGACUGCAGGCAGGGGGAGGUCCUGUGGAACCCACAGCUCGACUGUUUGGCUGCCCCCCCUCUGCUGUUUCUUAGUCUGUGCUCUGAACCAUGCUGCUGCGAGAUACUCAUCAGGAGGUCUCCUGGUGGCAGGGGACUUGCCCUCCCCGGUAUGAAAUCGGCUGACCCACAGGUGCAGGGACUGCUCUGCUCCAGUGCUGGUGGCUCGGUGAUCCAGGGGAGCAGUCGGAUGGGGGCCGACUUUGGCCAGCAGCCCCCGAGCUCUUUGUUUGAAGCUUCUGUGCAGUGGUGAGCGCGCCCGCGUCCGGUGCUGGACCGGGGAUUAUUAAACCGCUUUA